CUUUCAUUGCUGCUGCUGGUUAUUAAUACUUCACUGCCCGCUGCUUCAGCCAUAUCAUCUCAGCUCCUCACAAAGAGUGAUUGGUGAGUAGAAGAUGGAAAUGGGAAUGUUAUCCUCUUUUGUUGUUCUACUUGUUAUGCUAUCUCAUGUGGAUGCUAGGCUUGGGGUCGAGCCCGAGUUUAUGGAUGAGGAAACAAGCAUUCUUCAAUGAAAGGCCUGUCUUCCAUUUGUAAUUCAUGCCUGGAGGUUCAAGAAAACUGGAAAAGCCUUGAGUGAUCCAAAUCUGUUUGGGUAUGUUGAUUGCUAUCAAGUGAAAUUUGCCAUAUUCUGCCUUCUGAUCUCAAGUCUAAGUGUCUACAAAAGUCAGAAGCAUACAUGCUUCAAACUAGGUUGUCUUUGCAAGAUCUUUACAAUGAAGAAAGUCUCUGCAACAACACAGGAUUAUGUUUGGAUGAACACAUGCUUCAAAAUGAUAAGAGUCUCAUCUUUCUAAACAAGUUUUCUCCUGAGACGGACGAGAAAACUUGUUUAGCAUGCCGCAGAGCUGUUAAAGAUCUUGUCAUUCAAUUAAAGACGCCCAAGAUGAGGAUGAAGAUAAUGGAGAUCCUUAUCGAGUACUGCGAAGAAGCAGACGAGAAUGAAGAGCAAUGCAAGCAGAUGGUCUACAAGUAUGUUCCUCUAAUCCUGUCCAAACUUAACAAGCUGAAAACCAAUGACUUGUGCCGUCUGAUGAAUCUCUGUGAUGAGGGGAUAUCUCUGUGAAAUGCCCGUCAAGUCGGAUAAGAAUGUGGUAGCUUUACUUCUAUAGGGUAUGUUCAAAUAACCAAGCAGGGGGGACACUCUUUACCUGCAGGAUUGCAUGAUGUUUUGGCUUUUAUUUAUGAAAAAUAGAUGUAUAUUGUCCGAUGGACAUCAGGAAUCUUUUGCCACAGUAGGGAUUUGAUGAAGCUUUGUGAUAUUUUGUCACUAUCUCACAUCUGGUUAUCUGAAAUGUAAUGCUUCCAUUGUUAAAAUGGUGGCUUUAGUUAUCAUCCAAGCUCAUCUGAGAUAAUUACAAAUCAAUUGCUGUUCGCUUACUGA